AUGAGGCAUUGGAGCGAGGGACAAGCGGACACAGUAAACAUAUUCAACAGCUAUUUUGUUAAUUUGUUGACCAAUAAACCACCUGAAGUUGCCUCAGUAUUUAAGUACUGGUAUGGUCACCAAAAGAAUAGUGUUAGAUGGGCAGGGUCGCUCUCUGGCGAGUAUAGGAUGGGUUGUGGGGUGAGACAGGGGGGGUUAACCUCCCCAAAAUUGUUCAACCUUUACAUGAACCAGCUGAUCGAGGAGCUCAGCAGUACUAAGGUCGGGUGUCACAUAGACGGUCUUUGCAUUAACAAUAUAUCGUAUGCUGAUGACAUGGUACUGCUGAGCCCGUCGCUCGGUGCUCUGCGAAGGUUAGUAGGUAUGUGUGAGACCUACGCGGAGGCCCAUGGGCUUAGGUACAAUGUGAAGAAAAGUGAGCUUAUGGUGUUCAAGUCAGGCACGAAAACAUACACAAAUGUGCCUGUUGAGCUUUAUGGCACUGCACUUAAAAAAGUCACAAAAUUUAAGUACCUGGGCCACUGGGUCUCUGAGGACAUGAAGGAUCACCAUGAUAUCGAGAGGGAGCGCAGGGCGCUGGCUGUUCGCUGUAACAUGUUGGCUCGCAGGUUCGCUCGUUGUAGUGCAGAAGCGAAACGAACGUUAUUUAGAGCUUACUGCCAGUCGUUCUACACAUGCAGCCUGUGGGUCAACUACACGCAGGGAGUAUACAGCGCUCUGCGCGUACAGUACAACAAUGCGUUCAGGGUGGUGAUGCGGCUGCCACGGCACUGCAGUGCUUCAGGUAUGUUCGCGGAUGCAAUGGUCGAUGGCUUCCAUGCCAUUAUUAGGAAACGCUGCGCCUCGUUGCUAGGUCGCAUCCGUGGCAGUGGCAACUCCAUCCUGCGCACAUUGGCCGACCGGUGGGACUCGCCACUGCUGGGGCGCUGGGUCCGUCUGCACGCCAGUAAGGCUAGCACCUGUAAGUAGUCGCGAGUGGCGCGCCAGCGGUGGAGAGUUAAUCCACUAAUUAUUAUUAUUAUUAUUAUAUAUUUUUUACUUACCUACAAUUUAUGCUGUGUUUGUCUCUGUAUAUAAUUUACUGUGUUUGUUUAAAAAAAUUUAUUUUUAUGUUGUGUGAUUAUGAGCCAUGCUCGAAAUAAAUGAAUU